GACUGCACCGUAAGACUGUGGUCACUACAAGGGAAACAACUGCUGACUCACAAUGUCCUCACUGACCUGCCCAGCUGUGACGUCAUACAAGAUGAUCGCCCCAGGUCCUGAUCUACCAGCUGACCUAUCCCCCACCGUCGCCAGACCCCGACACAGACAUCUCUCAGCCCUCCCUCAGCCUCCUCACCUCACUCAGCGCUGAGGGCCUCGUGCUGAGCAUGUCUGUCAGCGGCUGUGUGCUGUGGCUGCUCUCUCAGCGGGACUCGAUCCUCAAACUCUCCGCACACAGGAUGGAUGGUGCAGCCGGGACGGUACAGGAGGUGGAGCCGUCAGCGACCGGGGAAGGGGGCGUGUCUCGUCUGCUACAUGUGAUUGGGGGUCAGGCGGACUUCCUCACAG